GCGCCUUUGCACUUGCACUUCCACGACUCCUCCUUCGUAACAAUUUCGUCGCCAUAAACAUGGGAUUUAUGGAUGCCAUAACCCUUAUUGGCCUCCUAGGGCUAUCAUUGGCAGCAUCUCUGCUCAUUACGGUCCCUUUGACUGGGGCAUUGGUACGGUUGCGAGCGAACUAUAAUCCUCGUGGAUUGCGUUUGGAUGCUGAAGGGAACAUUGAACCGCAUACUGGGCCUGUGGUGACGUCGUUCUUUGGCAUGCUUAGGCGCGUGAAGCGCAUUGAGGGGUGGGCCGGACUAUACAAAGGCCUCAUGCCAACGCUGUCAUUCAGUCUGGUGCUCACUAUUUUCGCCGUGGCGGUUCUUAAUGCAAAUACGCCAAGUACCCCCGGUCGAGCGGAUCCUCCUGCUGCCGGAUUAUUCGGAACCCUAGCGUUUGGGAUGCUUUCGAUGCUUAUGUCACUUCCUGCUGCCAUCAUCACAUACCGGUCUAUCACCACGCCAUACAAGCUUCCUUACUUCCGCCCUUUCUACUCACUCCGCAUCUUAUUAACUCCUACCGAGCGCAAGCGACCGUGGAUCCUGUAUAUGACUCCUGGGCUUCUUGCUGCGGAAUCUCUUCAUGUCGCCUAUACAGCGCUAUUGCUUUCCGGCGUUCGAGCACUCCUCUUACCACGAUCAGGAUCGACAGACUAUUCCCUCAGCCCCGUCAGGUUCGGACUUUACAUGACCAUCGAGAUUCUGAGCACAGCAAUCCUGUGCCCAUUGGAGGUCAUUACAACGAAGUUGGCUAUCCAACGUAACCAUGCGGCGCCGGAAUACAACUCCGUGGAACAGGAAGUCGAGGACGAUGCCUUAGAUGGUGCGGAGUAUACCGAGUAUUCAGGCGCAGAGGAAGACGUGAUUGGGCUACGUCAUGAGAAGGAUCCCUACCUGGGCCUCGUUGACUGCGCGAAGCGAAUCAUUGAUGAGGAGGGAUGGAGGACUCUAUACAGAGCGUGGUGGCUCACCAUGCUCAGCGGCAUUGCAAGUGGGCUGGCGUCCGUGGCGCCGAACAUGUCUUAAGGUGGCAUUCUAGGUGAUCGAAAUCCGGCUUCGCUUCUAUCUCGCGUAACUCGUGGAUGUCUCCGCAGGUGAUAGCAUUUUGAAGUACGUACCUAUGUAG